AUGGCGACUCCGCCUCCCGAGGUUCCUCCUGUCACCAAGGAGGACAAGCCUCAACUGCCUCCAUCCCCUACUGGUCCCUCUGCACCUGACUACCCACCCACCAGUGCGCAAAAUGUCGCAGUGAAUUCCAAAAGCGAAGGUCCCACGGAUACCGAGUCAAAAUCGCCUGCUCUGAAUGGCCAUACUCCCACCGUGCCUUCGAAUAUCAAUGGCACAAUUGUUGCUACCUCACCGCCUAAGUCACCCGAUCAUCAAACCCUUCCAGAAAUGAUCCAAAAUAAGAACCAGUAUGCUGCGGGAUCUGCUCCACCCGCAGAGACACAGCCGACCGAAGAAAAGAUUAGCCUUUCGCAGAGUCUGGGAUCUACAACUACUACUGCAGCCAACACCGCGGCCGAAAAUGUCGUUUCAUCCGCCCCGGAGGCUGCGGUACACGCUCCCUCCUUUCCUGCAUCCACAGAUGGCCCUUACGACACACCCGAGCCAAUGGCCAUCGAUACCCGUCAAGGUGUUUCGACUGCCGUAAAAUCCGACCUGCCUCACCAUCCUACCCCAACUCCUGCACCACCUGCGCUUGUUGCGCCGCAGCCUGCCGACCAGGAGAUGAAGGACGUAUCAGAGGCCCCGUCAUCUCCUUCCAAAGUUUCUCGACAACGGGAUACUGAUCUCAGCGAAGAACCAGCUCCCAAGCGGACCAAGGUCGAGGGUGGCGACUCGGUUAUCAACUUUCAGACGCCAGGAUUCAACCACCCAGCUGCUGCCACACCUCGCCCUAGUGGCGGACCAGGGCUCACCAAAAUGCAGCACAAGUUCAUUUUAAAGAGUCUUACAAGCCUCAAGCGCAUGCACGAUGCCCGUUUCUACAAGGAACCUGUGGAUGCUGUCAAGAUGAACAUUCCGCAGUACCACUCCAUCAUCACUCACCCCAUGGACCUAGGAACUAUGGAAAGGAAGCUCAAGAACAACCAAUACUCCUCCCCAAAGGCAGUCGCAGAUGACUUUGCGCUGAUGGUCAAUAAUACGACCAUUUUUAACGGCGCAGAUCACCUAGUCACUCAAGAGGGGAUCAAGCUGAAGGCGACCUUCGAGAAGCAGAUGGCCAACCUUCCCAAGCCCGAAGAGGUCGAAGAGAGGAAACCAAAGAAGAACACCGAGAAGACGUCUGCUGCUCGCCGGGAGCCUCGGACCUCUUUGCCAUCGCAGCCAAAGGCGGCUUCUCCCCUGUCUCAGACAUUUGCGCUAGGACCAGAAGGUUUGCCCGUCAUCCGCCGCGAUUCUUCCAACCCCGACGGUCGCCCCAAAAGGUCCAUUCAUCCCCCGAAGCGUGACCUUCCUUAUUCUACCAAGCCAAAGAAGAAGAAGUUCCAAUGGGAACUGCGCUUUUGCCAGGAAGUUUUGGAUGAGUUGCACAAGCAAAAGCACUACAGCUGGGUGAUGCCUUUCUAUUACCCUGUGGAUCCCGUUGCUUUGAACAUUCCCACAUACCACAGCGUCAUCAAGAAGCCGAUGGAUCUGUCGACUGCUCAAUCCAAACUUAAGACCGGCCAGUACGAGAAUGCGAAGGAGUUCGAGAACGAUGUUCGCCUCAUUUUCAAGAAUUGCUACCGCUUCAAUAUUCCCGGCGAUCCUACUUUCAUCUGUGGCCAGCGCGCCGAAGAAAUCUUUAACGCAAAAUGGGCCCAGAAGUCGGACUACCUUGAAGCGCAUGAGCCUCAUCCCGAGCAGAACACUGAUUCUUCUGAUGAAGAUAGCGAUGAGGAUGCCGAAGAGAGUGAAGAAGACGACGAGAAACUCACCCUGCUUCAGAAGCAAAUCGCUGAGAUGUCUCGUCAGGUUGAGGCUAUCACGAAUAAGAAAAAGAAGACACCUCCUUCUUCCAAGAAGGUCGGCAAGACGAAGCUUGUCAAGAAGGAUUCCAAGAAAAUCAGCUCUGGAAAGAGAGACAAGAGGAGCAAGAUCUCCCAACCUGGCAAAACCCGUGCCAUCACCUACAACGAGAAGCAGAUCAUCUCGAAUGGUAUCAGUAGUCUUCCUGAUAAGAGGAUGCAGCAAGCCCUCCAGAUUAUCCAGAACAAUGUUCCUCAGCUCAAGGGUACCGAUGAGGCUGAGAUUGAGUUGGACAUUGACGAGCUCCCUAACGAUGUCUUGCUGAAGUUGCUCAAUUUCGUGAAGAAGCACGUGCCGAAUCUUAUGGAUGAUGAAGACGAAGACGACGUUCCUAGCAGCAGUGUGGCACCUCCCAAACCCAAGAAGAACAAGCCAAUGAGCAAGUUCGAGCAGGAAGCUCAGAUCAAUAUGCUCCAGAGCAACCUUUCUCGUUUCCAGGGUGGUGCUCACUCUCCCGAUCCAGUGGCUUCUGUCGAGCACAACGAAAGCAGCGAUGAUGAGUCUGAUUCGUCCGAGGAAGAGAGCGAGGAAGAAUAA